AUGGGGGAAUCUGCGUAUUUCUUUUUUUUUCUCUCUCUUUUCUUUUUUUUCUUUGCUUCUUUGAGCGGCUAUCAAGAUAGAACUACAUGUCAAGUUAACGGAUUUGUACGGGUUGAUAAUCACAUCCUCCCAUCCCUUGACGAAAACGACGACACUACUAAUGAUCAUACACGGCGAUGUUGCUCGCUUCCGGGCGUGGAAGCAGAGCAGCCCUUUGUGCUUUCUACCAGCCUGGACGAUGGUUCAGACAAGGAAAUUCCACUUUAUAGAUGCCAACGGUUCAUAAGGCCCAAGUUGCACGGUGCAUAUCCAGCACCCGGAUAUGCAUUCCACGCCGCUUGGGGGAUUAUUUCCAUCGAUGGUCCUUGCGUCUCGCAACGUUGGACAAUAACGCGGUUGUAUGUGUGGAACGUUGAUGAUGAUGAUGAUGAUGAUAAGAGCAAAUUCCCAUCUGUGCCGUCGUUCCCGCUCCACUGCUCACAAGAGAUACUCCGUGCCUGGGUAACCUUAUUUCCUUCAUGUAGCGGCAAUGAACUGACCCAUAACGAUGAUAACGACGAUAACGGGAAAAACAUCACGCAUCUGCCAAACCCACAUCCAACACAACUCCUCCAUUCCUGCGAUCCUACCCAGGUCCGGAAGCCGCCGCAUCUUGGCCAGGCCAGGCCCAGGCCACCACCCGCCCACCCGCCCACCCGUGGAUCAGAGGACGGAGUACCGGGGCAUGGGAUUCCAGUCCAUCGCAGCCAUCCGCUCCCCAACAGGCAAGGCUUCCAGAAGGAGUGGAUCCAAGAUGUCCGCUGCCGCCCGGAUGCUGAGUCAGUCACUAGCAGAGGCUUGGCGACUAUGACCGUUUAUUAA